AUGUGUCAGCCGCGUGCCAUCCGGGCGAAGGCGGUAAAUAGUAGUAACCAUACGACUACUUGGGUGCGUAAAUCUGAACAAGUGGCACCCCGACAGCCACGCCAAGUAUGGCUCAACGCACACGUGCCCCAUGCCGACUGGAAGCAAGCGCUCGGUGACGGUAGCCCCUGUCUUACCGCCAAAGGACACUUGGGCUUCUGUACCUCGUUCCGCAAAUGUUACCCAUACUUCAAGGUGCCCGAUCUAAGCGUCUGGGAAUCAUGGGUACUCGGUAACUAUGACACCUGCAGCUACUUCAACGAGCAAGGCCGCCAGGCGUUCGGUGUUUGCUGUACCAACCCGAUCACACCGCUCCCGAUCGAUUCUAACCCGGUGAUAGAAGCCGUCCCGGGUAUUAUGUUGCCCCCGCUAAGCUCUGGCACUGGUCAGAGUGAACCGAACAAACCACCCAACAAGAACAACAACUACCCAAGUUGGCCACCACCAAUCCCAACUCAUCCACCGGACCAUACACCCGCCACUCAUCCACCCUCGUUCGGUGGACUACCGCCACCGACGACAGAGGCCUCCGUUGGUCCAGUGUCGGAACCAACGCAACGACCUACGACAACGUGGCCAACUCGACCACGACCACCGCAGGCCCCCAACCAACCGACACCAGCUCCAGUACAACCGAUCGGUGUUUGGCCACCACCCGUUCCUACCCAUCCACCGCUGGAGAUCUCCACCCUACCACCCUCAUCGUCCGGAGUCGUCGGAGGUGAUUCGUCCAACGUGGGUUGUGGUGUGAAAAAUGGCAAUCCGGACACGGAACGAAUCGUUGGUGGCCAUAAUGCUGAUCCGAAUGAGUGGCCCUGGAUAGCAGCACUCUUCAACAACGGGCGACAGUUUUGUGGCGGAUCACUGAUCGAUAGCAUUCACAUCCUAACGGCGGCCCAUUGCGUUGCCCACAUGAGCUCCUACGACGUGGCACGUCUGUCUGUGAAGCUCGGUGAUCAUAAUAUCCGAUCGAACACGGAGGUACAGCACGUGGAACGACGCGUUAAGCGACUCGUCCGCCAUCGCGGAUUCGAUUCGCGCACUUUGUACAAUGAUGUAGCCGUCCUGACGAUGGACCAACCGGUGCCGUUCACGAAACAAGUACGACCGAUCUGUCUGCCGGGAGCAGACAACACGAGGGCUUACAAUGGCCAAACGGCGACCGUUAUCGGUUGGGGAAGCUUGAGAGAAAAUGGGCCACAACCAGCGAUCCUUCAGGAAGUGAAUUUACCGAUAUGGACGAACAACGAGUGUCGUAUUAAGUACGGUCCUGCCGCACCCGGCGGCAUCAUCGACACGAUGCUUUGCGCCGGCCAGGCAGCCAAGGAUUCGUGCAGUGGUGAUUCGGGUGGUCCACUGAUGGUGAACGAUGGCAGAUGGACGCAGGUCGGUGUCGUUUCCUGGGGUAUCGGUUGCGGAAAGGGACAGUAUCCGGGUGUGUACACGCGCGUCACUGCUUUCCUGCCGUGGAUAAAGAAAAACAUCAUGGACGCCUGA